AUGGCCCAAUCAAUCCUCUCGAUAAAUGCUGGGUCCUCAUCCGUCAAAGUCUCCAUCUACAAAGCAGAGAAACCGCCGAUAAAACUCGCCUGGGCGCAGGUCGCAGGAAUUACCACACCUCCAUGCAUUUUCAAGCAUUCUCAAGGACUUAACAAGGAGAAGAAAGAGGAGAUCCAGGGGCGCAUCUCAAGCCCUCAAGAGGCGUUCAAGUAUCUUCUGCACCACUUCUUGAACGACCCGGACCUGCAAGAGGUUGCCAGUAAGGAUGACUUCGCAUAUAUAUGCCAUCGAGUCGUGCACGGAGGUGACUUCGAAAAGGAAGCUGUUUUAACGGCGGGUGCAUAUAAUUAUUUGCAGGCAUUGAAGGAGCUUGCGCCGUUGCACAAUACUGUCGCACUGGAUAUAAUCGACACCUGUCUCAAUGAAAUCCCAAUGGCGAAAACGGUGGCAUAUUUUGACUCCACCUUCCACCAGUCAAUGCCGGACUACGUCAAGACGUACCCUAUCAGUCCUGAAAAUGCCAAAAAGAACUGGCUACGCAAGUACGGAUUCCAUGGCAUUAGCUACUCGUUCAUCACACGAUCGGUUGCAGAGUUCCUAAAACAGCCGAUUGAGUCGACAAAUAUCGUGGCGCUUCAUCUGGGUAGUGGUGCGUCCGUUUGCGCUAUUCGGGCUGGAAAAUCGAUUGAUACAUCGAUGGGAUUGACACCCUUGGCCGGGCUUCCAGGGGCAACGAGAAGCGGAGACGUUGACCCGAGCCUUGUUUUUCAUUAUACAUCCGAAGCAGGCAAAUUGAGCCCUGAGAGCACGAAAGAUAUGCACAUUAGCACUGCUGAACGAAUCCUUAACAACGAAUCUGGGUGGAAGAGUCUUGCGGGAACCACCAACUUCUCUCAGAUAGCCACUGAAACGCCCGCAACGAACCAACACCGACUCGCCUUUCAAAUAUUCGUCGACCGCAUCGUCGGCUUCAUCGGAAACUACGUUGUGAAGCUCGAUGGUCACGUUGAUGCCCUCGUCUUUGCCGGUGGGAUUGGUGAGAAGAGCGCCCUUUUGCGGGAAAAGGUGGUAGAGAAGUGUAGGUGCUUGGGCUUUGCAAUUGGCCCGGAAGCGAACAGUAAGGGACUCGCGGAUGGGUGUGCAGUGACAGAUGUUUCACAAAAGAUGGAGAGCCGACAGUGCACUGCAAAAAAGCCUCGGGUACUCAUUUGCCAAACCGAUGAGGAGCUGCGCCAAUUCACAACCCUGAAGAUCCUGGUUGUUUCCAAUUCCGUCAAUGUCAUUUAG